CACACCCACGCCCAAAUGUCCCCGCCUCGGCGCCUCGCCGUGCUCCACUCCCACCUCCGGCCCGAGGGCCCGGCGCCUCCCGCCGGCAGAGGCGAGAAUGAGCUGGCGGAAGGGCAGGAAGCAGUGCUCUCUACCUCUCCGUGCGCCGUCGCCGGCGACGACAGCCGCAGCGCGGCGGCCGGUCCGGUGGGGGAUGGGGAGCUGGAGACCUGCGUAUUCUGCCGGAUCAUACGCGACGAGGCGCCAGCUUUCAAGGUCUACGAAGACGAUGUCUGCCUCUGCAUAUUGGAUUCUCAUCCAUUGGCUCCUGGGCAUUCCUUGAUAAUUCCAAAAUGCCAUUUUUCAUCACUCGAGGCCACCCCACCUACUGUUGUAGCAGCCAUGUGUUCCAAAGUACCUUUUCUUAGCAAUGCGAUUAUGAAGGCUACUCAGUGUGAUUCAUUCAACUUGGUGGUCAAUAAUGGAGCAGCUGCGGGACAAGUUAUUUUCCAUACCCAUUGCCACAUAAUUCCUCGUAAAUCGGGUGAUGAGUUGUGGCCUACUGAGAGCUUUAGAAGGAGCUCCAUUGAGCCAAAUGAAACCUCAAAUCUUAUUAGCUGCAUCAAGGAACAGCUCGAUUCUUCUCUGAAGACUGUAAAAACUGAAGCGGCGAUGCAGAGCUGAUUCAGUUGUCCAGUCAAGUACAUAAGUACAUAAUAUGCGUUGGUGGCAUAUUUGAAGCAAUUCAUCUGUUUAUAACGGAACUUAAGUGUCAUGUUUGGAGUUGAGAAUUGCUCGAUAGUUUAUAACGUGCUUCGAUAUACGUUUAGCAGUUUCAAUAGGACUGAUACCGUAUGCACUGUAUAAAAUAUUGCAACCGAGCUAAAUAAGGUCAAGUUAUGCCUAGUGUUCAGAAAGAUUGCUGCCUUGGUGGCGCGCUAGAUAGCACGAAAUGCUUUCCUCUCUCCCAAGAAGCUGUCGGCGACCUAGAGUUCCACCCUAGCAGCCGACGCCAUCUGCCCCAUCUUCGCCUCCUAUGACCGGGAAUCGAUGGGUCCCUGCCCCUCCUCUAUGAUGUUUACAUAACAAUAACUUUGUUGUAUACGUCCAUUACAAACCCAGGUAGAAAAUAGGAGCUAUUUAUGAUCUUGUGAACA